UUAAGGCCAAAUCAUUCUUCAAGAUGUUCAAAUGUUCAUAGAUGACCAGCAGUGUCAAAUAAUCAUCACAGUGGUUGUACAGGGAGCAACAUGUCAGCACCUCAGGAGUAAAUGUCAGUUGGGUUUUCACAGCCCAAAAUUCAGAGGUCGAGACAGCAGGUGAGGUAGAGGUAGAGAAAGAGCGAGAGAGAGGUAGGAGAGAGAAAUAGGUAGAGAGAGAAUGAAGUAGAGAGGGAGAGAGAGAGAAAGAGGUAGAGAGGGUGAGAAAGAGGUAGAGAGAGAGGGACAAUGUUUAGCUAGGCAAUGUUUUUGAUGUGUGAUGCAGCUGUGUGUGUAGGUGUGUGUUUGUGCAUGCGUAUGUGUGCAUUUAAUGAUGUCUGAGAGUUUAUCUAACUUGAGUUGUGCUUUUCUUCAAAUCCAUCCUUCACAAAAAGAAAGUCAUAGUUGCUAUGACAACUGUUCCACCUUGAAACAGGCUUCUCACAGCUAACUGUAGAAAUACAAGGAAAUCAGCAUGAUGAGUGCUUUCAAUGUCUUAUGAAAGCUGUUAAAGGCACUUAGUUUCACUUCUUGAUUGAUAAACUCUAAAGAAGUUGUAGCUAGAGUACAGAAAUACUGUCUUCAGGGACAAGUAUACACACACACACACACACACAUUGUACUCUCUGAUGAGUGAUUGCACCGUGUGUAUGCGCGUGUGUGUUUGCACGUGUGCGUGCAUGUGAUGAGGGUCAUGGCUUUGAUCAGUGAUUGCAUCAAGGGUGAGUAUGUGUGUGGGUGGUUGGGGGUUAUGAAAUCAGCGUCUGGACUCUCAUUGUUGAUUCUUUCUCUUGUCUCUCUCUCCAGGUGUGUGUGUAACAUCAUUGUUGAGACCAGAGAGCCUGCUGAUCAGAAGCUACUGAUACGAGGGUUACUGCUGAAGGUCACACACCAAUGAACACACUUUACAGAGGUACAUACAGCUUUUACAGCUAUGGAGGAUUAAGGUUCAUUCAUCAUCUGUCUGAAGUCCUUAUCUUCAUGGUUUGAGUGAUGGACUUCUCUAACUGUACAGAGGGGUUCUUCUCCCUGGACGAUGGGAGUGAAGAGGUUUCUAUAAUCCCCCCAAGUAAGAUCCUCCUCACCUUCACCCUGUCCCUGCUCGCUGUCAUGACAACGGCCAUCAACUCCCUGGUGAUCACAGCCAUCAUCGUAACCAGGAAGUUGCAUCACCCGGCCAACUACCUGAUCUGCUCUCUGGCAGUGACAGACCUGCUGGUGGCCAUCUUGGUCAUGCCCUUCAGCAUCCUCUACAUACAGAGGGAGAGCUGGCAGAUGGGAGAGGCUGUGUGUUACAUGUGGCUGAGUGUUGACAUCACCUGCUGCACCUGUUCCAUCCUCCACCUGGCAGCCAUCGCUCUAGACCGCUACCGGGCCAUCACUGACGCCGUGGAGUAUUCACGCAAACGCACUGGACUCCGAGCUGGGAUCACUGUCGGCGUGGUCUGGUUUCUGUCCAUCCUCAUAUCCCUUCCCCCUCUCCUGUGGAGGAACCAUGGCGGGGAGCCAGAAGAGGACCAGUGUCUGAUAACUCACCACCACAUCGCCUUUACCCUCUACUCCACCCUGGGAGCCUUCUAUAUCCCCUUGCUCCUCAUCCUCAUCCUAUACUACAAGAUCUACAGAGCAGCUCAGACUCUGUACCUCCGCAGGGGGGCCAGCAGAGGGGCCAGCCGACACUCCUCCAUGGUCAACGGAACCACCCUCCCCUCCUGCCCCCCUGAUGGGGGCCCCGACACCCUGAACCUCCAGGAGAAGUCCUACUCAGACCCCACCACGGAGGGAGACCGCGUGCGCAUUACCGUAAAGAGUCCCCACAGCGAGUCGAGGCGAGAGCGUGAGUGUUCGUUGAGACGGCAGCGUAUCUCAGGGACCAGGGAGCGACGCGCUGCAUCUACGUUAGGACUGAUACUGGGGGCCUUUGUUGUCUGCUGGCUGCCUUUCUUCCUGAAGGAGGUGAUCGUCAACACGUGUGGCUCCUGCAGCACCUCCAUAGAGCUGGCUGACUUCCUCACCUGGCUGGGGUACCUCAACUCACUCAUCAACCCUCUCAUCUACACUAUAUUCAAUGAGGACUUUAAGAAGGCCUUCCAGAGACUGGUCAGGUGUAGGCAUCGCCUCUGACGCGGACGGAGAGGACACACAUGCACACACACACAAACACGUGCACGGCGUUCAGUUCUGAGUUGUGUUGGGCCCGGGAUGGCAUCUGAUUGCCUGAGAUUAGAGACUAUCGACAAGAGACUUUAAAUGAUUAACUGGAGGAAAUUACCUUAGAGACUAUGUCAAGACUAUGAGACACUCCAGCCAGGUCAGUCUAAUGGGACUGACACAUUGCUGAGGUCUGGAGGGAAGUUAGGAGGACCUCAGAUCUAUAAGAGUAUAUUUAUGGAGAGCCCUGCAAUCAUCAUCUUCUUGUUUGUAUGGGUUAUUGACGUGGCCGGAAUGGUGUUGAAUGACAUUGAAAGGACAAUGUUUAAAUGACAGACUGAAACAGAUGAAGCGCUAGGGUGAAACUCUGGAUGUAGACCAUCGGCCUCGAUCUUUCCAAGGUCUCAGAAAAGCAUACCAUGGUGUUUCUGUCUGUUCUAUAACUAUCAACCUCCCCAAGCUAGUCUGCUCUGAAAUAAAACGUAU